GCUUUGUGUAUACAAUGAACAAAUCAGCUCGCAUUAGACGUCCUUGAAUCAAGGUCAUUGUUGAGGGGAUGUCGGGGGUUUGAAAUUUGUUCUAUGGAUGGGGGACCUUCUCACCCUGGUGUUUACACUGCAUGCAUUUUCCCGGCGGGAAGACAGAGAAACCAACCCACAUGUUAGGACCGGGCGGAAGACUACACCCAGCCACACAGGCACUGUAGUACCAGACACCACGCAAGCUUGUCAUUCCACACUCGCACGCUCCGAGCUGUGGUAAGGCAUCCCCAUCAGUAGCUCUCUACCACUUCUUCUUUCUCACGCGACAAAAGACGCAGUGCUUCCAUCAUGAGGAGAUUUGUGUCCGCUCUGGUGAUCCUGUUUGUCUUCGUCUCUUGCCUUGCCGAACCAAUAAGGGAACGGAGGCAAAGCAGGCCGCCAAAAGCCACCAAGAAGCCGGAUGAAAAACCGAAUUCGAAGAAGGGGAUAACUUUCAGCCCUGUCAACAACAUCAUCGUGGACAGGGAAAGCCUAUGUGGAAAGACCAACGGGGAACUAGAAUCUCUGGUCACUAAGCUGACAGAGAAAGUUGAUGGCCUGACACAGCGGAUGCAGAACCUGGAACGUUCCAUGGUCUUCCAGUCCGAGUCCAACGUUCCCCAGUACAACCCGGACGGCGAGCGUUUCUUCCCUGAGACCAGACAGGCCGUACCAUUUCUCCCGGGUAGAAACGUGGUGGAGGAGAGAGAGGGUCGCCGUCGUGUUAACUUUACGGCUGUUCCACGACACAACAUCAACAAGGGCAUUACUGGCACAAGUUCUGGUAAGUGAACUGUUGCAGUAGCUCUAUGGUGGAAAAUGUAACGAUAGCAGUAACAAAAUGCAAUGACUUUGUCUCUCCAACAUCUUCUUGGAGCCGGUACAAUG